GUAAAGAACCAAUUUUGUAAAAAACGAAUCCGUCAUUUGUGCAAAUGUUGUCCGAAAGUGAAGUGUAAACAUACCAAAUCCAAAAUAUUGACAAAAACUUAAUUUUAGGAGUGGAUUGUUUUAAUUGAUGCAUUAUUUGCCAAAAACUGUUUUGUGUACAAAUUUGUAAAACAGGAUUUUAAACUACGAACAUUUCAAAAUUUUAACGAUUUUAGUUUCCGAAAAUGAUGGAAGAUGUGGAAAAAUGUGGGAUUUCAUCUGAAUUUAACUCCCAUUACAAGAAUAAUGAUAAUGACUCUUGCGAAGAUAAAUUACGAGAUAAAAAUUUUACGCCACGAAAUUCACUGCUAACGGAUUUAUUCGCUGAAAAACAUAUCAGUACCAUUUAUAACAUGUGUGUUGUAAUUAUUGCAUUAGCGUUAAUAUAUUCGGCCCUGGAUGAAUAUUUUGAAACUGGAAGAUUAACUUUCGGAGUUUCCACAAUACAAAGAUUAUUUAAAGGAUUUUUUCCGCUUUGUGGAUUAUGGAUUUGUAUGUUUGUUGCAAAGCUAAUUCUGUAUUACAUUUUCAAUAUUUGGGCUUAUGUGCAUACCAAAUUACAACCAAAUUCACUACAAAUAAAUAUUUGGGACCGUUUAUGGAUAAUUUUGUACAUUUUAUAUCAAGUCGCAUUUAUAGUAGGUUUUGCAUUUUUGGCUCGCCUCAAUCAUUACGCAAUUUGCACUGGUUUCGGGUUCUUUGGGGAGCAAAUCAGACUUAUGAUGAAAUGUCAUGCAUUUGUACGUAGUUGCAUACCUGGCGUUUUAAAUUACAACGAUUUAGUGAAACAUCAAGCUGGGAUCCAACAUUCAAUUUUACCAGAUUUUUCCAAAUAUUUAUAUUUUUUAUUUGCACCAGCGUUGAUUUAUCAAGAUAAUUACCCAAGGACACAGGAAAUUCGUUGGAAAUUCCUUUUACGGAAUGUGGUUGAGUCAAUAGCGGUUGUAUUUGUGAUGAGUCACCUUAUGGAACGAUUUGUUGUUGGCCGUUUUGAGGAUUAUGGUGUGGUCCAUUAUGAUUUCCCAAAACUGAUGUUUAAAAUUAUCGGAUUAUCAUGUCCAACACUUUUCAUAUACUUUUGUAUAUUUUAUAUAUCUUGGCAAACAUGGCAGAACACUUUUGCAGAAGGAUUACGAUUUGCUGAUCGAUUGUUUUAUAAGGACUGGUGGAACGUCACAAAUUUUGGUGAAUAUUUUCGUAAAGUGAGCUCAAUGAUCCAAGAUUGGCUGUAUAUUUACAUCUACAAAGACUUAUAUGAACAUUGUGGAUGCAGCAAAUCAUUUUCAAUUUUUAGUGUUUUUAUAAUUUCCGCGGUAUUUCAUGAAUAUAUUAUUGGAAUGGCAAUUGAAAUUUUUUAUCCUGCGUGUUUUUUCUGGUUUACGGUUGUGGGUCCAUUUGCAAUAUUGAUAUCAAAACAAUUAGAGAGACUUAACAAAUCUGCUGGUAACAUGUUUUUAUGGUUUUGUUUAAGUUUUGGAGGAAGUAUAGUAUUUUCAUUAUAUUUAAUAGAAUUUUACGCACGACAAAAUUGUGAUUAUCAAAAUGAUUCUAUUUAUGGAUUUAUUAUUCCACGUUCUUGGAUAUGCAAUAAAUAA